AUGGGGCUCAAAAGGGUAUUUAAAAAGAAAGAGCCAGCGGAAGAAGUGAUCCAAAGACCUAAACAUAGAGAAGAGAAGUUUGGUGCAUUUAAAGAAUAUGCUCAAGAGAAACAAGCCAGAAAGCCUGGGCUUCAACCUGUGAAUCCAUAUGCGAAUAUUGGAGCUCAAAAUGGAGGUGGAGCCAAUCCUUAUGCCAACAACGAUAAUAAUAAUGAGAGUACGAGCAAUCCUUAUAGUGGUAAUGCCAAUACCAGUAACCCGUAUGGAGGUAAUGCCAGUAACCCAUAUGGAGGUAAUAAUGGUGCUAUGAAUGGAGGGCAACCACAAAGGUUGAACCUUGGACAAACGGCAACGUUUGCUUCAUCUUCAUCUAAUCCUUAUGCUAAUGCUAAGCCCUAUCAACCACCUUCGUCUAACAGAACUAGUACAUCUAGGAGUACUGGUGGUCGAAGCACGAGAGUUAACGAAUUCAAUGAUGACGAGUCCACUUUAGAUUUGAAUGAUAUUCCUUCUAAUCCUAUGCAAUCAAAGAAUAGACCCGUGAAUAGGAAACCCAAAACACCAUAUGACCCUAAUGAGCUUAAUUUUAAUCUGUUAGACUUGAAUCAAGAAGACCCGGAAGAUGAUCUUAACUUGGACGUUUUAGAUGUGCCAUCUGAAGAAGAACAAGUUAAUUCUGAAGACGAAGAGGUCGAUAGGAUUAAACAAGAUAUAAGAUUUGUUAAGCAAGAGUCUCUACAACUGACAGUCAAUACCCUUCGUAUGGCUCAAGAAGCAGAUGCUGGUGCAACCAAUACUUUAGGAAUGUUGGGAUCACAAUCUGAACGUUUAUACAAUGUGGAACAAAACUUACUUUUAUCAAAUACUCAAACCAAACUCGCAGACAGUAAAGUUGAUGAGUUACGUCGUCUUAAUCGGUCUAUUUUCGUUCCAACUUAUACACCAUUUACCAAGAAGAAGCGGUAUGAAGCAGCAGAACAGAAAUUGAAGGCUCAAUUGGCUACUGAAAAGUACACACGUGACCGGAACCGGUCCGGAAUGUAUGAGAGCGAACAACGUGUUAAACAAGGAUUAUCAAGUAACUCAACUAGUUCAGAAACUUAUAGAAGUUACCGCGAUCAACAACAUUUAGAGGCUGCCCAAAGGUACCAGAUUGAACCGGAUUCGGAAGAUGAUGAAAUGGAGAAACAAAUAGGUAACAACUUGGAUCAAAUUGGGAAUUACGCAAAGAAGUUGAACUCCACUGCCAAAUUGAUUGGACUGGAAUUGGAUAGUCAAAGCGAACGGUUGAAGAAGAUUGAAGAAGAUUCAGAUAGAUUAGAUAUUGACGUUCAUUUGAAUACCUCAAGAUUGAAGAAUAUAAGAUAG